AUGGGAGUCAAGCUUAUAAUUUUGCUGGGCUUGCUUAUUGGAGUUCUAUACUGUAUACAUAUACUUGUUAAGGACUACCAGGCCAUCACUGCUGCAAAAGUUUUCCGUCUGAUUUUCAAGCGAGAUUUGACUUCACCAAGCUCAUAUAAAGCUCAUGUGCGUUGGGGGAAAAUUCUACAAUACGACACAAUACAAUGCACACGGUACUUGUUCUGUGACCUCGGGGCCAGUGAAAUAAAAACCCAUUUGAGAGAGGAUUUCAUCUACAUGCUUGCACUUGAGGCAAGAGAGGAAGAUGUCACUGCUUUAGAAGUAUUCAAAAACGCAUAUAACUAUGGAAAAUCCUCGCGAAAAGAGAUCAACGAUCCUUGCAGAGCAAAAUAUUCAGCUUGUCCAUUCAAGGUCAACUUAUUGUACGAAUUCAUUCAAUAUUUACUAAGGAUUAGUUAG